CCCACCAGUUUUGUUAUUUUAUAAAAGCCUCAUGAGAAUAAAAAAACUUUGUUUUUUUCUUUCCCAUAACUUUCAUACAGUAUGUCCAGCUCUAUUAUUUGUUCUGGAAAUUCCAACAAGGAAUUUAGAUUCAUUGUAAAAAACAAUGAUACCUAUACUUACAGAACGGCCGGCACAGUAGAGAAUAAUAUCCCUUUAUCUAGCAUUGAAGGACAUCCUAAUGCCACUUUUGAAGGAUUAUGUGCAUACGCAAGUGAAACUGAUUCCAUGUAUCUUAGUUUCAAAAGCACUGUCAACACUACCGAACAAGUUUAUGAUACCACCGUAUCAACAAUAUAUCAUCUUGGUUCCAACAAAUUAUCUGAAACGAGCAUCAGAUUACAAAAUACGACUUUGUUUUCAUUUUUACCUAUUAGAGGUUAUAAUAACACAUCGCAUUUAGCAUAUAUUGUUUCCGACAAUAAUCAGUAUAGACUCAAUUUGACGGACUUUCAUUUGGGUGACUCCACAUCCAGAGAGAUUUCUGGUCCUGGUGUUUUGGCUGUCGGCGGAGGUGGUUCACAAAAUCUCUUUCUCAUCCAAGCCAAUUCAAUCGACGAGUACAGAUUAGGCGAAUUGGAUUUUGCGCAGACUACAUUCAAGACUCAGCUUAGAAUAAAUCGGGGGACGGUUGGCAAGGUGCUAUCAUUUAAUAAUAUAGAUUACAUAUCUGUAUAUGAUCCAGAAAGAGAGGAAUUAGAUCUAUUAGUGCAUAACGUUGCUGGAACGAAAUAUGAAAACAUUUCAAUGAGUAACGGUCAUCCGGACUUGAGUGUGAGCACCCCCGCACAAUCUUAUAAUGGUACAAUCCCUGCGGUUAACAUAACAUCAGCUGUGUCCCACCAGACAUUCAGAGAGGCUACAACUACCAAGCCCGCAUCAGCCACUAGUAAAGACAAUAGCAAAAAAUCAACUGCAACUACAACAUCAACCGAAAGCGACACCAGGCCUACUGAAGUCAAAAAUGAUAAAGAAGGUAAAAUAUUUUCGAAAGAAAAGAGAGGCCUACUGGAUGUUGGAAGCGAUUCACAAUCACUCGACGGAUCUUACGUGUAUAAAAGAAUGAAUGUCUCAAGUAAUGAUAAUUCGCCUAUUUCAAUUGUUGCAUUAAUAUCAUCAGAAGCAUCAUCAGAGAGUCAACCCUAUGAAAUUUAUUAUGUUUCUGGAAACGACACAGCAGGCUAUAAUGUCCAAAUGUUAGAUACUAGCCCGGGUAGUGUCGAAAGCGAAGAACCAGUAGGCAAUUUAAGUGGGGGAGCAAUUGCGGGUAUUGUAAUUGGUAUUCUCAUUUUCAUCGCUCUUGUGACAGGACUCUUAUAUUACACAAAAAGAAGCAAGCGAGCUAAAAAUACGACAUCAAGGUCUUAUAAUAGCAUGCCAUUAUCUAUUCAACCUGAUAUUUUGGAAACGCCAUACUUAGGUGCUAUUAACCAUAGUAAAACUAGUAGCAUUUUACAAGAAACGAAAAACGUACCUGAUGAAUAUCGUGAUCUUAAUAGACCUGACAUCAGACCAUUAUCAUACAUCAACGAUAAGGUUGACUAUGCGGAACUUUCAGACGAUGAAUUACUCUUAUUAGAGCCUGAUGUUCAAGGACCUUUGUUUUUGUUUAGUGGUGUAUAUACAUCUCAUGAAGAGGAAAAGGUGACAUACUUGAAAGAAGGGUAUGCUAUUCGUACAUUUGAUGCAGAUGAUGGACACAAACAUACAAUUCACUAUUUCUCUUCAGCAAAUCUGGAUACAUUUACUCGAUCUGUGUUUGGAAUAAUACGUUGCUCAUCAUCCACCGAAGAGAAUUAUGUAAUGAAGAGUGAAAGGGCGAUUGUACUUUGCAAACCCACGCCAGAGUUCAGCUAUCAGUACAUUUGGAUUACAUCACCCAUGAUACCCGAAAAUUCACUCUAUUAUUUAUUAUUUGAAAGAACAUCAUGGACAUUUGUUGAUCACCAUAAUGCAGACUACAAAAUCUGGUCUAUCUACUCCAUUUUAAAAAGUAUAGAAACUUUACACAGCCACAAAAUUAUUCAUUCAGCUAUCGACUUAAAAGCAUUUUAUUACGACCAUGAAACAAAAGCAACCGACUGGAGACUAGGUAAUUUUGGCUAUGCUCAAUCGAGUUCAAAUCCAGUAGCACUACAAUCACCUUAUACCUCCUUUACUGCGCCUGAAAUAGUUUAUUACAACAAAGGAGGUAGUGAAUUAUCUGACCUUUGGUCUGCUGGCUGUGUCAUAUACACUGUUGCAACUGGGGGUCUAUUGUUAUUUGAUGAUGCCACUCAGGUUAAAAACCUUGUCACAUUUAACGAUGACAUGAAGCAACAUUUAAAGGUUCAAAUUCGUGACCAAGUAGAAAACCAUGUAUUUAAGACCAUUUUAGAUGAUUUGCUUAAAGUAGAUCCCUUUCAAAGAAAAGGAAUAUCUGAAAUCAUGGAUUACUGGAAUGGCAUUUAUAACAUGGAUGAAUAAUUAUCCGCAUAUAGACUAUUCUAUUAAUAAAAUAAAUCUUUAUGCUCUU